AUGUCUAUUAAAAUGAAGAAAGAUUUCAAAUUGUAUUCAAAUGGAACAACAUUGAAAUUUCAAAACAAAAACAAAGUGCAUGACGAUGGCGAUGAUGUUCGCAAACAUCAAUAUUUGAAGAAACAGCUGUAUGGGACCACCAAAAUGUUGCUAAGGAUUUCUCAGAUUUUUCUCUGUGCUCCAAUGGGUGUUCAGAAACCCAAAUCCCAGGAAACCACCAAGGAACGCCUUAUCUAUUACAUACACUUCCUAUGGUGCACUGGCCUCUAUUUGGGUUUGGUUGUGUGUGUUUACGAUGAGUACACCUCAUCGAACAUUGAAUUGCCCACGGUACAAAAGCCACUGUAUUUCAGUGAAUAUUUGGUUUACUUAAUGCAUUUAUUUGUGAUCCUUUUGUCUAUCUUUGGAGGACGUGAAACCUUUUGGAAAUUCUAUGAAUUUAUUCUCGACUUAGAUCGUCUUCUUUGGCAGCGUGGAAUCCCCGUGAACUAUAAAGGACUACAGUGGUUUAUACGCCAGCAUUUUCUGUUGAUUACAGCGCAUUUGGUUGCGACCGUCAUUGUGGGGUAUUUCUAUAGUUUCGGGGUGUGGUUGAAUUUCGUGCGCACCAGUACCGUAUAUGUUAUACCGAAUAUUAUCAUACACAUCUCCUUGGUCCAGUAUUAUACGUUACUUUAUCUAACCGCAGAGCGUUCCGAUUGGUCAUAUGAUUUGUUACAGCAAUUACUUGGCAACCCUAGCAGCACAAAGUCGUUCCAAGAACUUCGUCUGGAGCUGCAUUUCAUACGCUCGCUCUAUGCGAAAUUGGAACAAUUCACACGGGAUGUUAAUGAUGCCUUUUCCUAUUCCAUUAUUCUGGUGUAUGUGGGCUCCUUCAUUAAUAUUAGCAUUAAUAUUUUCCUGCUCUUUAAAUAUUUGGGUAAUUGGGAAACAUCGAAUUUGGCCUGGACCGCAUAUUCGGUGGUCUGGACAUGCAUGCAUAUCGGUAAGAUGUCCUUGAUUUUGUACUACAAUGAGAAUAUACAGAGUAAGGCGAGUUUCCGGUUUAAAACAAGGGCCACACAUUUGCUAAGCACCUACCGAUAUGAGAACAUGGCCUUAGAGCCCGCUUUUCGUCAUUUCAUUCUCCAACUGAUGUCCGAUACUCGCAGUAACGUUAUCUGUGGUUUGGCUGCUUUAAAUUUGAACUUUGUUACAUCUCUACUGGUGGCAAUAUCAACAUUAUUUAUCUUUUUGGUUCAAUACGAUAUAACAUACGAAGCACUGACGAAAACUUUCAAUUCAGCCAGACCGACAAUUGCAUAACAAGAAAAAUACAGGGCCGAAAAUAUCAGAAG